AUUUACGAUACGCAGCGAAAAUUUGAGGGCGCGGGGGCUUUAGACUUGAACGGUAUAUAAAUUUUGACUAUUAGGUGUAAACCUCAUGUUAUUGGAGCCAUAACUACCGCAAAAUUGGAGCUGCGAAGACAGGAACAAGGACUAGCUAACAGGAGACGGACUUCAUCACUCGUUAGCCCUAAAAUCAAUGAAUUUUUCUGGUUUAGGCAAACUGAAGUGCACGACGUGGGAUUUAAUGAGAUUGUUCAACUUUUUUUCCGCCAUGAAAGGCAUUAUAUGCCUCUAUCUACAGUUGGAAUUCACUCUGAAGCCUGUGGACCUAAGCAGGCCUGAGGGCUCUGACAUAUACCAAAUCCCUGCCCAGGGGAACGGGGAGAUUAAAAACUUCUGAUUGAGGUGGAAAGGAAAGAGACACACAGAGAGAUAGAGAGAGAGGGAGGGAGAAAAAGCUUAUCGUUCACCUUUGUUCUCCUUAAUGCCCCAAGUGAAGGAUCUCCAUAGGAAAAUCUGUGAGUAACAGCAGACACAAGAAAGGCUGCCUACCGCCGCUGUGGUCAGAUGAUGGAGUGAGGGAGCGAAAGAGGAGAAGAGAGCAGGAUUACAUCCUGUGAAAGAGCCCAGCUCCUAUUCUACAUUAAUUGAAUGCCUGGGAGAGAGAACAGACAUGAGAGGAAGCCUUUUCUAUGCCAACUGCUUCAAGAGGUAUUGCAAUUAACCCUGUGGCCAUCAUAAAAUAAUACCUGGCUACUGUUCUUCCCUGAUUGCUGGGUUUGGUUGUACGCUGCGGAUGUGCGCUCACGCUGCAGUCAUGUUUCAACCCCCGGUGUCUAGGCCGGAUCGGACCGGCUGCCAAAGACACAGCCUGAUUGUGCCACUACUUCUGUUGCUGCUGCUUCUUUACAGCUCCCUGAAGGCCACUCAGGCUGCCAAACCUAAAGGGCCGGGACACACGCAUUUGAACUCCAUCCGCAUUGACGGGGAUAUCUCCUUAGGAGGGCUUUUCCCAGUUCACGCCAGAGGCCACGAUGGCAAGCCGUGUGGGGAGCUGAAGAAGGAGAAGGGUAUCCACAGACUGGAGGCCAUGCUCUUUGCCCUUGAUCGCAUCAAUAAUGACAAUAAUCUGUUGCCUAACAUCACGCUGGGGGCACGUGUGCUGGACACCUGCUCCAGGGACACUCAUGCCUUGGAGCAGUCACUCACCUUCGUGCAGGCUCUCAUCGAGAAGGACGGGACUGACGUCAAGUGUCUAGGCGGUGGAGCUCCAAUUAUCACCAAACCCGAGAGGGUAGUGGGCGUCAUCGGAGCCUCAUCCAGCUCCGUCUCCAUCAUGGUGGCUAACAUACUGCGCCUGUUUAAGAUACCCCAGGUGAGCUACGCCUCCACAGCCCCAGAGCUCAGUGACAACACUCGCUAUGACUUCUUCUCCCGUGUGGUGCCUCCAGACACCUACCAGGCCCAGGCCAUGGUGGACAUCGUCAAGUCUAUGCGAUGGAACUAUGUGUCCACGGUGGCCUCGGAGGGAAACUACGGUGAAAGCGGAGUCGAUGCAUUCAUUCAGAGGUCUCGGGAGGAUGGAGGUGUGUGUAUCUCCCAGUCUGUGAAGAUUCCCAGGGAGCCAAAGUCGGGAGAGUUUGACAAGAUCAUCAGGAGACUCAGAGAAAACCCCAAUGCACGAGUCGUCAUCCUUUUUGCCAAUGAAGACGACAUCAGGAGGCUGCUGCAUGCAGCUAAAAAGGCCAACCAGACAGGUCAUUUCAUCUGGGUGGGCUCAGACAGCUGGGGCUCAAAAAUCUCUCCAGUUGUACACCAGGAGGAGGUGGCAGAGGGAGCCGUAACCAUCCUACCCAAACGACAGUCCAUCAAAGGGUUUGAUCGCUACUUCAUCAGCCGAACUCUGGAGAACAACAGAAGGAAUAUCUGGUUUGCUGAGUUCUGGGAGAACAACUUCAACUGCAAACUCAGCCGUCAUGCCGUGAAGAAAGGGUCCGGGCUCAAAAAGUGCACAAAUCAAGAGCGGAUUGGAAAGGACUCAAACUACGAGCAGGAAGGAAAGGUGCAGUUUGUCAUCGAUGCAGUCUAUGCAAUGGCUCAUGCACUGCACAACAUGCACCAGGAGCUCUGUCCAGGGAAGGUGGGCCUAUGUGCAAAAAUGGAUCCAAUAAAUGGCACUCAUCUGCUUAAACACAUCCGACGUCUAAACUUUGCUGGCAUCGCUGGAAACCCGGUGCUCUUCAAUGAAAACGGAGACGCCCCUGGUCGCUAUGAGAUCUACCAGUACCAGAUCAGAAACCGAACUGCAGAAUAUAAAAUAAUUGGCCACUGGACGGACCAACUCCAUCUAAACGUUCGUUCAAUGCAGUGGCCCGGCGGUGUUCGUCAGAUCCCUUCCUCAAUCUGUAGUCAGCCCUGUCAGCCAGGCGAGCGCAAGAAGAUCGUAAAGGGCAUCCCCUGCUGUUGGCACUGUGAGCGCUGUGAUGGCUAUCAGUACCAGGCAGACACCUACACAUGCAAGAUGUGUCGCUUUGAUUUACGGCCCAACGAGAAUCACACAGGCUGUGUUCCAAUCCCCAUUGUUAAACUGGAGUGGAGCUCUCCGUGGGCAGUUAUUCCUGUGCUCAUUGCGGUUGUUGGCAUCAUGGCCACUGUGUUUGUGGUUGUUACAUUUGUCCGCUACAACGACACUCCCAUUGUGAAGGCUUCAGGUCGAGAGCUGAGCUACGUGCUGCUAACAGGCAUCUUCCUCUGUUAUGCCACAACAUUCCUGAUGAUUUCUGCCCCUGAUGUAGGAAUUUGUUCACUCCGCAGGAUCUUCUUAGGUCUUGGGAUGAGCAUCAGUUAUGCAGCACUGCUCACAAAAACCAAUCGUAUUUACCGCAUCUUUGAGCAGGGCACCAUGUCCAUAAGUGCGCCCAGGUUCAUUUCUCCAGCCUCACAGCUCGUCAUCACCUUUAGCCUGGCCUCAGUGCAGCUGCUCGGAGUGUGCAUCUGGUUUGCCGUGGAUCCCUCCAAGGCCAUUAUUGACUAUGAGGACCAGAGGACAUCUAACCCAGUGAUGGCUCGUGGGGUGCUCAAGUGUGACAUCUCUGACCUGUCUCUGAUCUGCCUGCUGGGCUACAGCAUGCUGCUCAUGGUCACCUGUACAGUCUACGCCAUUAAGACCAGAGGAGUGCCGGAGACCUUCAAUGAGGCCAAACCCAUCGGGUUCACCAUGUACACCACCUGCAUUAUUUGGCUAGCAUUCAUCCCAAUCUUCUUUGGCACUUCACAGUCCACAGAAAAGAUGUACAUCCAAACAACCACUCUGACCAUCUCUGUGAGUCUGAGCGCCUCUGUGUCCCUGGGGCUGCUCUACAUGCCGAAGGUCUAUGUGGUUCUCUUCCAUCCCGAGCAGAAUGUGCCCAAGCGUACACGAAGCCUCAAGGCCGUGGUAACCGCCGCCACCAUGUCCAAUAAGUUCAACCCCAAGGCCGGACUCAGACCCAAUGGAGAAGCCAAGACCGAGCUUUGUGAAAGCCUGGAAACACAGAGUUUCUCCACAAAGCAAACCUACAUCAGCUACAGCAACCAUGCAAUCUAAAGGACAAAGGCUCCUACAAGUGUUCAGGAUUUUCAGCCUGACUGUGAAAAACAUGCAGUGGAAUAUCACAUGGCUGGCAUACAAAAAAAAAUAAAAUAAAAUGGAUGUGUCAUUGUUGGUGUGAAGAUUGCAGAAGCAUUGCCCAAAGACGUAACAUGGCGAUGGAGGAGAGACCACAGAGAUGGACCAAACAGAGGGACCAGAACAAAUCAAAGUACAAUUGUAACACUCCAUCUUUUGUCUGCCUCACAAGAAAACACAAACAAAAAAAGAAAAAUGAAAAAUACUUGCAUGGCAGAGGCCUGGAGAUUGAAGGAUGGAGCUUUCCUUUUGAGUGUUUACAUUUCAGCUAUGCCCUCUCUUGAAGACUCUUCUGUCAUGCUGAGCAGUUCUGACUGAAAGUGAACUCAAAUACAGAAUGUGUUCAGGUGUUCUCAGUGUUGUCUGCCAGUUCUGCAAACUAUAAUUAAUCUCAAAACCCCUCAAGGCUUCACAAGGGAUUAAUCAACACCAAAAAGGCAUGAAAACAUGGUCCAUGGAUUUCUAAGAGGGGGUUGUUUGUUUUUAUUUCUAAAUGUGCUCCGCUCUCAUGAGUCAUAUGACUGAAAACGAUUAUCAUCUCAACAAACAACAGAUCCAUAUCAGACUCCGUGUAUUUUUUUCCCUACUCCAGGUUUGGACAAGAAUGACUACAAGAAGGACUCUGACGAUUUUGAGCAUGCCAGUUUCAACAUCCUGUGUUGUGUUGUUAAAAAAAAUAAGAAAAAGAAAAACAAUAUCUUUGGAAUGCGUUUAAACUCUGUUGCAGCGUUGUUAACAAUUGUUUGGGCCUGAGCCUGUUGUGCGUUAAAAAACUGUUCUCCAAUGGUGAAGGUCUAGUGAGUGAUUAUUUAUCUGUGCUUAAGUGAGGCCAUGAUUUGUAUUACCAGCUAGCCUAAGGCUGCCACUGCCCUCCGCGUACCUGUAUGUGCUUUGAAACGGUGGCUCCUGGUUGAAAGACACCGUAUUUUAGCCAGGAGAUCUCUCUGUAAGCUGUCAUCCAGGAUGACCCUCCCAUCACUGCCACCAGCUAUUCUCUCGGUCACACAGAGUGUGAGGGUAAAAGCUUAGCUGUACAGAUCCAUUAGGAGGGGAAUUAAGAUGAAGUAUGCCCUUGAGGGGACUCUGCAAUAUGCCCUUACGGUGAUAUCCUUAAUGGCCCAGCUACUGAGAAAAUUCAUUACUACACAUGUCCUUCUCGGGCACUCUCAUGAUCAGGAGGAGGUGUCAGGGACUUGUAAGGCUUUUCAACAAAUGAAAAUUUAAUUGCAAAAGUAUACAAUAUCUCUAUCAAUCACCCUGAGCUGGCUGAACGGAUUAAUACUUGGCUUGGUGCGGUAUAAAAGCCCUCUAAUGUCCUGGGGAAACAUCGUGGGGUCAUUUGUGUUGUGAAUUCAAUGCUGCUUUUCAUGCCUCCCUCUGUAUUUCUUUCAACACCAUUUGUGUUGCAGAAUAAAAUGUGAGUGCUGACCAAAUUAAAUGGCAAGUUAAUGUAUGUUAUUAAAUAGAUUGAUGAUGUCUGCUUUAUGUCCUGACAUAUCC